AUGGAAAUAACUCCAACAGUAUAUUCUGUAGCAUUUAUUGAAAUAAUCCCAAUAACAAUUUUAAUUCCUUCUUCUCUUUUAAAUUUAUUUUUAUUGUGGAAAAGUUGUGUUUUAAAUAAUAAUUCUAAAAUUAUUCUUAUUUCACAAAGUAUUACUAUUUUUAUUUACUCAUCGACACGGUUAUAUGUGCUUAUUCUCGUCAUCUCUGGACAAUAUGAUUUAUUCAUUAAAUUAUACUAUUUUAUUGGGAAUAUUGAAUAUGUUUGUUUAACUUUUGGUAAUUUAAUUGGACAUGUAUUAAUUUUGGAGAGAACUAUAGCUACUUUAUUUGCCACAAAAUAUAGCCAAACUAAAGUUCCAAUUUUUGGAAUUUGUUGUAUUUUAAUUUUGGUAUAUUUAUAA